UUAGCAUUUCUAAGUACAAAUAAUAUCAAAUGGAGGGCACAUUUGUAAUCGUAGGAGGAGGAAUAUCCGGCGUUACCUGCGCCGAGAGUAUUUCUUUCCUUGCACCAGAAGAAAAAGUAAUCCUCAUCACCGCAAGUUCUCUCAUAAAAACAAUCACCAAUGUCGUACCUCUUGGAAAAGUGCUUUUUCAAUUUGACGUCGAAGAACGCGACACAUCAUCUCUUUCUCGGGAAAACUCUUCCGUAACAGUUCUUCAAGACACUGUCUCUGAAGUGAACCCCAAAGAAAGAUUAGUCAAAACAGAAGGCGGAAGGAUAAUUAAAUACCAAAAGCUCUGUCUUUGCACUGGAGCGAGGCCGAAAAUAAUUGCAGAAAAUCCCUAUGUAAUUGGAAUCAGAGACACUGAAUCCGUGACUAAUUUCCUCGAGAAAAUUAAAGGAGCAAGGAGAGUUCUGGUCGUUGGAAAUGGAGGAAUCGCGACGGAGAUUGUCUACAAAAUUCGAGGAAUCGACGUGAUUUGGGUGAUUAAAGAUAAGCACAUUUCGGCGACUUUUGUCGACCCUGGUGCUGCUGAAUUUUUCCGAGAGAAAUUGCAAAAGAAGAGUACCAGCGAAGAGAAACCUUCCCUCGAGAAAAAAUGUUUUAAAAGGGCCAGGUAUUCAGUUUCCGGGGAGAAAUCCGCCAAAGACGGUCCAGCUCUUGGUCCAGAUUGGUAUAAUUUUAAAUUGACGGAUUUCCCUGUUUUGCCAGCUGAAGUGAAGGUUGAAUACCAGUGCGAAGUUUCCAGUAUCUCGAGCGAAUCUAAAGAUUCAGAAGAGGUAAAGUGGCCCAUUUAUGCGGAUUUGACAAAUGGCGAAAGAGUCGGUUGUGAUCUUAUCGUUUCAGCUACUGGGGUGAUACCAAAUGCAAAUUUAUUGGGCUUGGAAGAUUUGAAAAAGGGAGAAGAUGGAGGAUAUUUAGUCGACUGGAAAUUGGAGACGUCGCAAGAGGAUAUUUUCGCGGCAGGCGAUGUUUGUUCAGCAGGUUGGGAGUUGGGAUCUCAUUGGUUUCAGAUGCGACUCUGGACCCAGGCUCAUCAAAUGGGCCAGUAUGCUGCGAAAUCGAUGUUUUCUCUCUUGCGAAAAGAAGAGUUUUACCAGGACUUCUGUUUUGAGCUCUUCACACACGUCACGAGGUUCUUUGAUUACAAAGUUGUGCUUCUUGGGCUUUAUAACGGGCAAAAGUUGAACCAGGAUUACGAGAUUUUGUUGAGGGUGACGAAAGGUGAGGAGUAUGUGAAAUUGAUUUUGAAGAAUGGCAAAAUGCAGGGUGCGGUGCUUAUCGGCGAGACAGAUUUGGAGGAAAUGUGCGAGAAUCUGAUUCUAAAUCAACUGGACUUGAGCAUUUAUGGAGCGGAUUUACUCAAUCCGGAUAUCGACAUUGAGGAUUACUUCGAUUAGGAUUUACUGAUUGUUUAUUCGAGUUUGCUGGCCCUUUUUAUCGUGAAGAUCCAAAUAAAGAACUUUCAUGUAAGA